AUGUCUCUGCCCAAAGCUACACUGACUGUGAAGCCAAACCCUGCAUACACUGGAGAGACAGUUACUCUGACGUGUUCAGUAGGGUCUGACAGUAUCUGGAGCUAUCAGUGGUACAAAGACAGGAAUGAUAAUGUAGUAUCCCAGUCUGUCAGACACACUAUAACAGGAGACACCCUCACCAUCAGUAGUGUUGUUGAGUCUGACCAGGGUCAGUACUGGUGUCAGGGAGAGAACCGGUCCAAAUCCAUAUCAUCAAUCAUCAGUGAUCCUUUCACCAUCACUGUGAAUGCUCUGCCCACGGCCUCAGUGAAGAUAGUCACUCCACAGGGUCUCCUCUACCCUGGAGAGACAGUCACUCUGCAGUGUGACAUAUCAAACUACACAGACUGGACGUACAGCUGGAUCAGAGACAACCAAGAGCUUCCCAUUCAGACCAGAAAAAACACCAUCUCACUCCCUGACCAGGCUGGUCAGUACAAGUGUGGUGGGAGGAGGAGAGGUCGGCCUCAGAAUUCAUAUGUCAGCUUUUCUCUCCCCAUCAUCAUCACUGCUCUUCCCAAAGCUACACUGACUGUAAAACCCAACCCUGUGUUCCCUGGAGAGACAGUUACUCUGACGUGUUCAGUAGGGUCUGACAGUAGCUGGAGCUAUCAGUGGUACAAAGACAGGAAUGAUAAUGUAGUAUCCCAGUCUGUCAGACACACUAUAACAGGAGACACCCUCAUCAUCAGUAGAGCUGAUGUGUCUGACCAGGGUCAGUACUGGUGUGAAGGGAACAGAGUGUCUAGACCCACAUCUUCACUAACAAGUGAUCCUGUCACUCUCACUGUUAAAGAUAGUCGUCCGACGGCUACACUGAGUUUAGACCAAGCGAACGUAUUCACAGGAGACAGAGUGACACUGACCUGUACAGUAGAGUCUUCUGGAUGGGAGUUUUACUGGUACAGACACAGACCAGACUCUACACCAGUAACCUCAACCUCUGGAUACUCCUACACACUCAGCUGGGUCAGUGUCUCUGAUGGAGGACAGUACUGGUGCAGAGCUGGGAGAGGAGACCCAGUCUACUAUACCCUGUACAGUGACCCAGUCCAGAUAAAUAUUACUGGUGAGUCUAAAACAGUUUUAUGAUAAACGGCUGCUAUUGUAUAUGGAUAUAAAGUAA